GUGUGCGGGCGUGUUCUAUGAUUAUUAUAAGCAAAAUCCGAAGGAGGGUAUGUACUUAGUUUGUCUCUAUAGAGGGUGAGCCGGUGAAAAUGCCUCGAGAGAUGGAGGGAGUAGUCGCCAAGUACCCUGAUCUAUUCGAAGAGCCAAAAGGGGUUGUUGAGAGGGAGGUCGUCCAUGUGAUAGAGAUUAUCCCAGGGUCUAGCAUUUUGAAGGGUAGGAUCUGUAGGAUGUCUCCAGCAAAGCUUGAUGAGCUUCGCCGACAGCUCAAGGAUCUCAUAGAGAAGGGUUGGAUCUGGCCUAGUGUCUCCCCUUACGGGUCUCCAGUCUUAUCCGUACCAAAGAAGGGGGGGACCUUGAGGAUGUGCAUUGACUAUAGGGGCCUCAAUGCCAUCACUGUGAAGAACGCAAAGCCCCUACCACGCAUCGAUGACUUGUUGGACCGAGUGCAAGGGUGCUGGCACUUCAGAAAGAUAGAUCUGAAAUCCGGGUACCAUCAGAUUGCAAUACGGUCCGAGGAUCAACACAAAACCGCUUUUCAGACCGGGUACGGUCUGUACGAGUUUGUGGUGAUGCCUUUUGACCUUUGGAAUGCUCCUGGCACCUUUCAGCACGCCAUGAACCGGAUCUUUCAUGACUGGGACAAGUUUGUCUUAAUGUACCUCGAUGACAUACUUAUCUUCAGUAGGACCGUCGAGGAGCAUGUCGGCCAUUUAGAUAAAGUCCUUAGCCUUCUUCGACAGCACCAGUUCAAGAUCAACUGGGAGAAAUGUGAAUUUGGUCGCACCCGGAUCUUGUACUUGGGUCAUGAGAUUUCCGCGGAGGGACUGAAACCUGAUGACGCGAAGGUGGCCAGCAUUCGUGACUGGCCGCGUCCUCAGUCUGUGACUGAGAUGAGGUCCUUCUUAGGGAUGACCGUCUACUAUUGCAAUUUUGUUAAAAACUAUAGCAUAAUGGCCGCCCCUUUAACGGACCUAACACACCUUGACACCUUGUGGGAGUGGACAGACAGGCCAGACUUUCUCGGUGCGUUGAUCACUGAGUUUGGGCUUGCGGACGAUGUUACUCUGUCUUUGGUGGAAGCCUAUCUCGAGGACCUGUUUAUGGUCGAAAUCAUACGCAGACUCGAGGCAAAGGACAAAGUAACUGCUGACGAGUUUGUGUUGGUCAACGACCUGCUGUUCCUUGAGAAGGCCGGGAAUAAACGAUUGUCUGUUCCAAAUCGGGAGUCUUUGCGUAGUUUAUUUUUAGGCAAGUGUCAUGACGCCAGCGGACAUUUUGGGUAUAGGAAGACUGCAGCAAACUUGUUGCAGCAGUUCUGGUGGCCCACAAUGAUGAAAGAUGCGAAGCUGUACGUGGAGACUUGUCAAGUGAGUGAGAGAGACAAGCCACGAACACAGGCCCCUCUUGGGCUUCUUAAGCCCCUUCCGAUUCCGGAAAGGCCCAGUGAGAGCCUGUCUAUGGAUUUCAUGGACACGCUGUUCACCAGCAAGAGCGGAAUGCGAUAUGUCUAUGUCAUUGUGGAUAGGUUUAGUAAGUAUGCUAGGUUAGUCUCAAUGCCUGCUACAGCUAAGACCGAGUAUGUGAUCGAGCUGUUCAAAGAGAACUGGGUCAGAGACUUUGGGCUUCCAAAGGCUAUUGUGAGUGACCGGGAUGUCCGAUUCACCAGCGAGUUGUGGAAGGCUGCAGCUGCAGAACAGGCAACACAGCUGCAGAUGACUUCUGGGAACCACCCAGAGGCAAACGGGCAAGCAGAGCAGCUGAACCGCGCUGUACACCUGUUGAGGCAUUAUGUCAAGCCUAACCAGGUGGACUGGGAUGAGAAAUUUGCUCUCAUCGCCAGUCUGUAUAACAACGUUGUGCACAGCGCAACAGGGAAUGAAUCUGCUGAUGUUGCUGAGAAAGAUCCAUAUCCACCUUGUAUUGAGAUAGGUCUAGUUAGAUCCAUUGAUGUGGAGAAUGGGGUGUUGUAUCUGCUUUCGCCAUCGGGUUUACGAGAUCUGCGACAUGCGAACGUCAUUCUGCUGGGACUUGUAGAGAUGCCAGUUUCUCUGCUAAAUACAACAUGGCAUACAUAUCCUUAUGCUCACAGGAAACCGGAGGAAGUGAAGCGGCCACAGGAGUCGGGCGAUUCGGCAAUGACGACAGCUGGCCAGUUUGGCAACGACAGCUAGCCGGUUCAGCAACGAGAUUUUGCCAGUUUUGCGAUGACAGUUAGCCAGUUUUGCGACAAGAUUUUGCCGGUUUCGCGACGAGAUUUUGCCGGUUUUGUGACGAGAUUUUGCCAAUUUUGCGACAACGGUUAGCCGGUUUUGCGACGACAGUUAGCCGGUUUUGCGUCGAGAUUUUGCCGGUUUUGCAACAAGAUUUUGCCGGUUUUGCGACGACGGUUAGCCGGUUUUACGACGACGGUUAGCUUAGGCGUUUCGAUAAUGAGAGCUAUAGGAGGCUCGGCAACGAGAGUUAGGCGGUUUGGCAACGAGAGUUGGGCGGUUCGACAAAAACGAGAGCUACGCGGUUCGACAACGACGAGAGCUACAGUCUUUUUCCCUUGAAUACAACGUACGGUCAUUAUAGCUGAAUUUGGGGUAUCUUUCAGUCUAAGUGCAGCUAUAAUGACCGUACGUAGUAUUCGGCGGAAGAAGGUAGGCGGUUUGACAACGACGACGGUUAGCCAGUCCAGCGAUGCAAUCGUCCAGGCGGUUUGUCGGAAAGGCAGUUGGGCAGUUCAGGUACGACAGUUAGGCGGUGGUUUGGCAACGAGAGUUAGGGCCUCGCCACACAGCCUGUCGAAACGCGAAAACGACAAAAAUGUGCCAGGCUUUUCCUUCCAGUUUCAACCAGGUUCAAUGUUUCAAACCAGGUUCAAACCAGGUUCAAUGUGUAAGACCACUGGACAGUUUGGUUGCGUUCGUUUCAGCGCUGGGCAGCACAACACAAUGGAAAAAAAGAAAGCUUGGAGCAACGAGUGGUUUAACCCGAAUAGAACGCCCGGUCAUUAUAGCUGAAUUUGGUGCAACUUUGAGUCUAGAUGCAGUGGAAAUGACCGACCGUUCUAUUCGGGUGAAGACGGUAGUGGUCUAACCGCCACAAUCGGGUGAAUACCAACGUGGUGUGGUCCAUGUGGCGCACCAGCGCCGGAAGGUCCAGUUGCGAAGCAUUGAUCAGGAUCA